AUGGUAUCCCUUCGUUCAGUGACCAGAUGUUUCAAUGACGAAAACACUGCCGGGACGACCGCAGAUCUAGCCACAGGCCCUGCCGAAAACUUGACAAAAAAGCAUGCAGAAUUUGGCCCACUGGGUGAUCCAUCCCAUCUUUAUACCAGUGUGGUCUUUGGAGGUGAAAUACCAGACCCGGUGGUCGAUGAGCCUCCAUACUUCAUCAUCUUGACAACCUAUAUCAGUUUCCUUGUUCUUAUAUUUCUUGGCCACUUCCAGGACUUUGUCUCCAGAUGGUUCCAGCCGCAUACAUACCUGCGCCUUAGGUCCCAAAAUGGAUAUGCUUCUUUGUACAACGGUUUCGAGAGCUUCUUUUCUCGGCGUAUGAAGCAACGCAUCAAUGAUUGCUUCGAACGACCUACCACUGGAGUUCCCGGCAGGCAUGUUGUUCUACUUGACCGGAUCUCAAAAGACAAUAUUCAUUUUGAACUUACCGGUAAAGCAACAGACACGCUUAAUCUGAGCUCAUACAACUAUCUGGGGUUUGCGCAAUCGGAAGGACCCUGUGCCGACACAGUGGAAGAGACCAUUUACCGAGAUGGAAUAAGUAUGGCGGGGCCAUAUCCAGGAACUACAAAACUACUUGUCGAGGUGGAGGAUCAGAUCUCCCGGUUGGUUGGCAAGGACGCGGCAAUCGUGUUCUCGAUUGGCUUUGUGACGAAUUCGACUGUUUUUCAAGCGCUUGUCCAGCGUGAAUGUUUGAUCCUGUCAGACGAAUUCAAUCAUGCCUCUAUUCGAUUCGGUGCUAGGCUUUCAGGAGCAGCCAUAGAGGUCUUUGCACACAAUAAUAUGACGAGUCUCGAUGAGAAGCUGAGGCAGGCCAUUUCCCAAGGCCAGCCGCGAACACAUCGACCGUGGAAGAAGAUCAUGGUCACCGUUGAAGGACUAUACUCGAUGGAAGGAACGAUGUGCAACCUUCCACAAAUUCUGGAGCUCAAGAAAAAAUAUAAAUUUUAUCUCUUCAUUGACGAGGCGCAUUCGAUUGGAGCAAUCGGCAGUCGAGGACGUGGAGUAUGUGAUUACUUCAAAGUUGACCCUGCUGAUGUUGACAUUUUAAUGGGCACGUUCACCAAGUCAUUCGGUGCCACCGGUGGCUAUGUCGCUGCGAACCAGCCGAUCAUUGACAAGCUACGCUGCACCAAUGCCGGCCAAGCGUACAGCGAAGCUCCAACACUCCCAGUACUUGCCCAAAUUUCUUCUUCACUUCGAUUGAUCGCAGACGAGGACCCUCUUUACCCGGGUCAGGGUCUUGAGCGAAUGCAACGCCUGACAUUCAACUCGAGGUAUCUCAGGCUAGGUUUGAAAAGACUUGGAUUCAUUGUUUACGGCCAUGAUGACUCUCCAAUCGUGCCCCUAAUGCUGUAUCAUCCGGCUAAGAUGCCAGCCUUCUCAAGAGAAAUGCUGCGACGCAAAAUCUCGGUGGUCGUUGUUACCUAUCCCGCUACGCCGUUGGAACUUUCCCGUGCACGAUUGUGUGUAUCUGCAGCGCAUACCAAGGACGAUCUCGACCGCGUCUUGGAAGCCUGCGACGAAGUUGGAGAAGCACUACAACUAAAGUUCUCCUCUGGGAAAGCUGGUGGAUUGAAACAGCCAAGACCAUGCGUGACGAUAUCACCAGAUAAAAUUACUGAGCCUCCACGCUGGACAUUGACAGAGAUCAUAAAAUGGGGAGUUCGAGAUGCGAAGCUGACUUUGUAUUGA